ACUGUUGGGGGCCCAGGACAGCCGCUGUUAUUUUACUGCAAGCUCGGGACUGUUGGAGGAGACUCUGUGGGGACUUCAGGGUGUAGAAGAUGGCUCCAAAGUUGGUGUUUGUGCUCCUCUGCCAAGCUGUUCUAUACACAACUGUCACGGCUAAAACAGUAUGUGGCCGCCCGCCCAUCACCGAUGGCGUUGACGUGACAACGCUGAAACGUGUCUAUGAGCUUGGGGAGGCGGUGACCCUGGCUUGUGAAGCCGGCUACAAGCCUUCCAAACAGGCCCCUUCCAGGAUUACCUGCAUCAAUGCUGGAGAAUGGUCACAUUCAGAUUUCUCAUGUGCCCCCAAUAUGUGUGCGAUCCCCAGGCCUCUUCAGGCCUUGGCAAUGGGGAAGACCGAGGUUCCAUUCAAAAGCGUGCUGAACUUCACAUGUGAUGACGGGUACGUGAUGGAUGGUGCCAACGAGAGCAGCUGUUUAGCUGACGGUACCUGGAGCCACCAGCCGCCCCUCUGCAGAGCCGUAAGCUGUGCUCUGCCCGCUCCACCGAGAGACGGCAGAGUUGUUCACGACAAGAAGGCUGCCGGAUCAACCACGGUGUACGGGCAAGGCUGGACGUAUGAGUGCACCCCACCCAAAGCACCAAGCUUUGAGAGGGGGUACUGCCAGGCCAGCGGCGUUGCCACGGCGCCACCAGUGUGUCGCGAGGUGAGCUGCCCCAUCCCGGUAGGGAUACCCAAUGGCUUUAUUACAUUUGCUGUAAAGAGGGAGCAUAGCUACAAGGAACAGGUCAAGUACGCCUGCAAUGAACACUACACGCUGGAUGGUGAUGCUGAGGUGCGGUGCCAGAACACAGGAAGCUGGUCUGCCAUGCCGACCUGCAGAGCGCCCUGCUCGGUUAGCAUCAAAAGAGGACGCAUCUUUUACAAUGCCAGGAAGAUCUGGAUCAGCGAGCUCAAACCCAACAGAGUCCUCCAUGGAGAGCAUGUUGUCUUCUAUUGCAUGAACAAGGUGGAGAAGUGUGGUUAUCCCGUGGCCACCACCUGUAAUGAUGGAGUCCUUCCUAUUCCAGAGUGUUUUGAGGAGCCAGGCAGGAUGACGUACACCCUGAAGCCCAACUCACUUCCAUCAGAGAUCCAGAUGUGUGCUGCAGCCCCUGCAAGUCCUGCCAGCACUGCGAGACCUGCAUAGCACUGCAUAGCACUGCAUAGCACUGCAUAGCACUGCAUAGCACUGCAUAGCACACCAGGGUGUAUGAC